AACGGUAUGGCGGAUUGGUGCGGCGGCAAAGUGCAGUGCAGUCUGCAGUGGGGUGCGUAGGGUGCGUGAAGUGCGUGAUGUUCAUAGCGUGAUGGGAAAAAGCACCAAACAAUGCAUUUUUUACUGACAAAACUUGGGCCUGGCUCCGCCAGAUGGGCUCUUGGUCGAACUUUGAUCAAUUAUUCCCAAGUCAGCGGACUGUCAUCUCAAAACAUAACAUGGCCAGUUGUACAUCGAAACAGGCUUGCCCUUUGCUACAACUGUGACAAACGGCGUAGUUCCUCUUUACUAGAGUACCGACAGUAUCAUGUUGCCCACGCGAAUCCGAAUGUUUUGGAGGAGAAUGUAGAAGUAAAUCAAGAGCGUUUUCCUACUCCUGUUCAGGACCUAAAGGCUUUAAACAAACUGAUGCAAGACAAGUUCGACAUGAGCCCAAUAUUUUCCGUCUCUUCAUCCUUUUUAACACCUUCUAAUGUCAACAAGGUUGAAUUGACGUUGAACUGGCCAGAGACCCGAACAUUCACCGCUAGUGCCACGGAAAAGAAGAUGGCUUUACGAAAAACUUGUCGAGAAGCCUUACAAUGGUUGUACGACAACAAACAUAUAACGAAAGCAAUUCGCCCUAUCAUGAUUUAUGAAACAUCACGGAUGAAUACAGUUGAAGUUAAUCUCAAUCAAUCUGUUGUGAAUGAAUUGGACUCAGUUCUUGAUAUAUAUGCAAAGGAUGUUGUUCCAGCCCUCUCAAAAUUUGACAGGACAUGGCAUUAUUACGAUGUUGAAAAGGCUAAUUUGCACCCAACUUUAGGUGGUCCAUUCCCUUCCUCAGAAGAUCUUGACAGAUGGAACCAAACCUUAAAACCAACAAAACAUAGAGAACUUAAAUUGCCCAUUGAUGACUACAGGGAAGAUAUAUUGCAAGCAAUCAAAAAUAAUGCUGUUACUUUAGUGAAAGGUGCAACAGGUUGUGGGAAGACCACAAAAGUUCCUCAAUUUAUUCUUGAUGAAGCAAUAGCUGAAGGUCGUGGAGCUUAUUGCAAUAUUGCUGUGUGUCUGCCACGCAGACUUACUGCCAAAGAAACUGCCAAAUUUGUUGCCCACUCCCGAAGGGAAACAGUUGGACAAUCUGUGGGCUAUAAUGUGAGAAUGGAGAGAAAGGGCCCCUCUGUCCUUGGAGGAUCGAUUGUGUUCAUGACUGGGCAGAAACUUGCCCUCAAAUUUAGUAGCAAUCAAUUACUCCGAGGUGUUUCUCAUGUGGUACUAGAUGAAGUGCACUUGCGAGAUGUUGGAACAGAUCUUGUCAUGAAUUUGUUAAGGCAGGCUCUCCAAGAAAACAAGGACCUCAGAGUCAUUAUCAUGAGUGCGACUGUUGACACGGAUGUGCUUCAAUCUUAUUUCAGUUCUUUUGGUCCAAUGCCUAUUAUUGAAGUGCCUGGUCGAAUAUUUCCUGUGCAAGCACAUUAUCUUAAUGAUCUUCCAGCAGUAUUUUACGAUCAUACAAAAAGUCUGAGUAUCAAUAAUGCAGAGAUAGAUUUAAAUUUGGCUCAGAGAGUUAUUACCUGGAUUCAUAACACUAAACCCAAUGGUGGAAUUUUAGUCUUUAUCAGUGGAUGGACUGAUAUUGCACAACUUACUCAAUUAUUAUCUCCAAUACAAGGAUUAAAAGUGGUUCCAGUGCAUAGAAGAUUGGGAGAUCACUCAGCCGCUUUGAAGCCUGCUCCUAAGGGUCUGAGAAAAGUUAUCCUAGCAACAAAUGUGGCUGAAACUAGUAUAACAUUUCCAGAUAUUGUUUAUGUAGUUGAUUGUGGAAUUCACAAGAUUUGUAAAAGAAAUCAGAUAUCUCGAGGACGCUGGGCAUCUGAAGACAUGAGUAGUACCUGGAUCUCAAAAGCAAAUGUUGUUCAACGAAGAGGCAGAGCUGGCAGAGUUCGCCCUGGUGAAUGUUAUCAUCUUUUCACUGAAGAAAUAUUUAAUCAGAUGGAUGACCAUGAAUCACCCCACAUUUUAAACUCUUCCCUUGAAUCUGUUGUUAUGAUGGCUAAGGUAGUUAACCCUAAAAUUAAGGCUGUAGCUUUGCUUGGGGAGUUUCCACAACCACCAUCUCAAAAAGACAUCUCUGAAGCAGUCACAACACUUCAAGAACUAUCAUUUCUAUCACAUCAUGAUGAGACACCAACUGCUCUUGGUGUAGCUGCCAUGAAAAUGAGUGCCCCACUUCCAGCAGCUUCAGCUAUGAUUCAAAGUGCAAUUUUAAGAUGUUCUGAUACCAUGGUAUCAGUAUUAGCAAGUGCAGAACAAUCCCCAAUAAAAUUUUGCGGAGCUAGUGAGGAAAGAAAACUUAAAGCCGACCAUCAUGAUUCCAGUGAUCACUUAGCCCAAGCCAAAGCUAUCAGUGGAUCCCAUUUUUCUAGAACUAAAAAUCUUAAUUUUUUUUUAAGUCAAAUGGUUAAAAGCCAGAAUGAGUUUUUAAAGAGAACUGAUUUGAAUGAACAUGAUAGUGAAAUGCUGGUUAAAUCAAUUCUUUUGAACUGUUAUGGAUCUUUACUUGUACGGGUCAAAACUCCUUUCAGCCAGUACAUGAAUGAUAGUUCAGGAAAAUCUGCUAUUAUCACAACAAGAAGUGUAAAUUACAAUAUUGAAAACAUGGACUUUCCUUUUGCUAUGUAUCUGACGGGACAAGGGAAGGAAAAAAUGAUAUUUGUUGAUGAUACAUCCACCAUUUCCCCAUUGUCGGUGUUAUUAUUCUCGCCAUCGGACUUGAGGACUGAGGACGUUGAUUCUGAUACUAUUCAUGUCAGAGCAUGGCGCAAUAGAUAUGUCAAGUUAGUUCUGUCAAAAGAGAAUUAUACCAGAAUUAAAAAUCUACGAAGUUCUUUAAAAGAUGUCUUAGAAUACUUCGUUAUUACUGAAAUGAUGAACUAUCCUGAUGAAAAUUACAACCUCAUGUGCCGAUUUAGAACUGAUCUUCUUAGCUGCAUAAAUAACCUGCUGUCAAUAGAGCUCGCUCAGGAGACUGACCUGUAAUAAAUCUUCUUUGUACAUGUGUA